AUGGUUGCUGUAAAGGUGACCACUGCUCUGCUAGCGGUCGCUUGGGCCACAGCUGCAAAGGCCAUGGGCGGGGACGGCAUGGUGAUGACAACCUCUUCGAGCUCCGCGAUGAGCAUGGCUACUGGGUCUUCAUCAAUGGAAAUGAGCGAUAUGACGAUGAACUCGUACCUAACUCCGAAGUUCUACAAUUAUCCCGUGCUUUUUGACCAUUUAAGAGCCAAAAACAAGGGGCAGGCGUUCGGUAUCUUCGUUCUGAUCAUGGCAGCUGCCUUUGCAUAUAAACUGGCACUCUUCGUUAGCUGGUGCCUGGAAGUGAGGUGGUUCAAAAAAUGGAACCCCUCUGGUGCCAGAAGGCCGGGGACUUUGAGCAGCACAGGACCUUCCUUCGAUGCAGACAAUGCAUCCCAAGUUACAGCACAGAACUACACACAGGACCUUGAGUUUCAAAGCCAGUACCUGCCUAAAAUGCCCAACUUGUUGGUGCACGUGAUGUCACCUUCAUCUGUUGACCUCUUCCACGACUUUAUCCGGUUGUUGCUUGCGUUUUGCUCUACAAUGAUGAUCUACAUGCUUAUGUUGGUCGCGAUGACGUUUGUUCUCACAUAUGUCUUCGCUGUUAUUUUAGGGGUUUCUCUCGCCGAGAUCUUUUUUAAUAGGUGGAAGAUUUGCUUGAUUGCAAGAUGGGACCUUCAACGUGAACUGAAGAGGAGAAGGAACUGCAAAGGGGGUGAAGUCUGUCUUUGCGGUCAGCACAAGCCUGAGCAAAAAGCUGCUUCAGGUAGCAGCUCGUCUCCAACUUCUAGUCUGCUCGAAAAACCCUCCACUCAGAAGCCAGCAGCUUCAAACGUUCCGUGUGGUGGCAAGUCAUCCUGCUGCUGCGGCCCGGAGGAAGACGAGUCAUUAGCAGAAACCAACUGUGGUUGUGAGGCUAACUCGAUAGAUGAUGACGCCAACAACGAACGUCAAGCGCGUGAACUAGCGAAAAAUAAUGAACAGACAGGCAACAUGGACGUUAAUUUAAUUCCAGCCGAAAAGUUUGCGUGA